CAACACCUUGCGGCAGGGAAGUGUAAAGGCAGCCGCGUCUUGGGGUUCCCGGCGUUUGGACCUUACCUGAAACGCUGAGGCGAGAAAAUGGCCCUGCUGUGCUACAACCGGGGCUGCGGUCAGCGCUUCGAUCCCGAAACCAAUUCCGAUGAUGCUUGCACAUACCACCCAGGUGUUCCAGUCUUUCAUGAUGCAUUAAAGGGUUGGUCUUGCUGUAAGAGAAGAACAACGGAUUUUUCUGAUUUCUUAAGCAUUGUAGGUUGUACAAAAGGUAGGCAUAAUAGUGAGAAACCACCUGAGCCAGUCAAACCUGAAGUCAAGACUACUGAGAAGAAAGAGGCAUCUGAAUUGAAACCCAAAUUCCAGGAGCACAUCAUUCAAGCCCCUAAGCCAGUAGAGGCAAUAAAAAGGCCAAGCCCAGAUGAACCAAUGACAAAUUUGGAAUUAAAAGUAUCUGCUUCCCUAAAACAAGCACUUGAUAAACUUAAACUGUCAUCUGGGAAUGAAGAAGACAAGAAAGAAGAAGACAGUGAUGAAAUUAAGAUUGGGACCUCAUGUAAAAAUGGAGGGUGUUCCAAGACAUACCAAGGUCUACAGAGUUUAGAAGAAGUCUGUGUAUAUCAUUCUGGAGUACCUAUUUUCCAUGAGGGGAUGAAAUACUGGAGCUGUUGUAGAAGAAAGACUUCUGAUUUUAAUACAUUCUUAUCCCAAGAAGGCUGUACAACAGGGAAACACAUGUGGACUAAAAAGGAUGAUGGGAAAAAAGUUGUUUCAUGUAGACAUGACUGGCAUCAGACUGGAGGUGAAGUCACCAUUUCUGUAUAUGCUAAAAAUUCACUUCCAGAACUCAGCCAAGUAGAAGCAAAUAGUACCUUGUUAAAUGUACACAUUGUUUUUGAAGGAGAAAAGGAAUUUCAUCAAAAUGUGAGAUUAUGGGGUGUGAUUGAUGUAAAGCGGAGUUAUGUAACUAUGACUGCAACAAAGAUUGAGAUCACCAUGAGAAAAGCUGAACCCAUGCAGUGGGCAAGCCUUGAACUGCCUGCAGCCAAAAAGCAAGAAAAACAAAAAGAAGAUAUAACUGAUUGAGUGGGAAAGGGAGAAAAGGCUUUUGCCCAUUUCAGAAUUCUUAAUGUGUUGUGAAGUGGUGGCUUGCUGCUGUAAUCUUACGUUUUUUUGUUGUUGUUGAGUCUGGCAUUUCAGGGUCAAUAUUAGGUUCUUAAAAGCCAAAGUAAAUUUAUCUUUUUGUGCCUCCCAUCUUCCUUUUGAGCUCCAUAAGAUUAAUUAUCAUUUCUCCUUACUGAUAGGACCGCAGUUUUUCCUAUACUUGAAGAAGGUCGGAAAUAACUCAUAAACAUAAUUGUCAUAUUUCUUAGUAUGUUAUUAUGUUAAACAAAAAAUAAGGAACAUGUGUUUCACAUCUGUUCCUAUUAUCCCAUAAUUAGUAAAGCAAGAUGAAAUGUUUUAUUUUUAAUCAGUUUUUUCCAUGUUUUUUUUUUCUAUAAUACUUGAAAAUCUUUAUAGACUAGAUGAAGCUCUGCAUUCUCUUUCCAUGUGGGAUGUUUUUUUUCCCCUAGGAGGAUUAAUUCUAGGUAGUGUAAAAAGUAGUUAAAGGGGAAUAUAUGCAUUGAUUAAUAAAUUAGAAUUCACUUACAACAAUUGAACUUCAAAACUACAUAAAUACCUUUAUUACUCGCCAAGCAGUAUGAUUUAAGAAUAUAGGAAACAAAUAAGAGUUAGUAUCAAUUGGCUAAAAUUUAUUAUUUUAUAAGACUAAGCAAUAAUGUUAAAAUCUCGGCUGAUUAUUUCAAGUUCUUGUACAGUGUAGUGACUGAGUCAUACUUGAUUUACAGUCCAGCCCUCUGAAAGCCUUUAAUUAGCUACAUAUACAAAGUAGGUGUAUAUAAUCUGGCCUCCCUGAGAAGGAACACUUUGAAGUUAUAGACUUAAAGGUUUGUGGAAAUAGAUUAAGGAAUCAGAAAACUAAACAUUCAGCUUUGCUUUAUGACAACUAUGUUAAUACAUGUUACAUAGCUUAAUUAUUCUGUAUUUGUUUAAGCUUUUCAUGAAGAGUUUGACAAUUCUAGUGAUAUAGUGUCGGUUAUGUAUUGUACUUUAUUAUCAUAUACAGGUAACACACAGGCCAUUUGUGCUAAUUGGACCCAUUAAAAGGUUACUUUCUGACGCCAUGCAGAACUCAAGAAUAAAAUUUAAAAAUGUCACAAAGGCCAAAGCUGGCAGAACUUGGUAAAGUUUCGGAACUUAAUUAGGAUUAAAUUAAGCAUGAAAAUAAAGGGCUUAUUUUCCAAC